AUGCCUGCGAUUGAAAAAAAGCGAAGAGUGGAGUCUGACGAGGUCACUGUGCGUGACAGACUUGUCGGAACCCCCUCUAAGAUCUUCACGCCUUUCAGAACUAUUGGACAUGUUGCCAACUCCACACCUAUUUCCGUGUCAUCUUUCGGCCGAAACUUCCUGGUUGCAUGCAGUGUGGGCCGAGCCGUUCAGAUCUACGAUGUUUCGACGCUCCAUCUCAUGUUUGUAACCUCUCCUCAGACCCCCGCGCCCAUCCAGUCGCUUCAUUUCCACCGACCCUACGUUUAUGCCACCUGGGACAACUGUAUUGGCGUCUACUUCCGUGGUAAGCUACUGUACAAGCUGGAGUGCGACACCAAGGACAAGCUAGUGUGUGUGCGAUCUUUCGGAGAGAACCUGGUGGCCAUCAACAGCUCACAGAUCUUUGUCUUCAAGCGAGGCCAGAAGAAGGAGGAGCAGUCUGACGACGAGGACGAGGAGGAAGAUAGAGACGAGCUGGACCCUCCGUUUGAGUAUUACACCACCGUGACUCUCGCCAACUCUGUGGGAGCUGCGCACUCCAUCAUCCAUCCCCCCACCUACCUCAACAAGAUUGUGGUGGCAACUCGACGGUCUCUAUUGCUGGUGAAUAUUCGAACAGGCAAAGUUGUUUUCUCCACCAACGAGAUUGGAUCUGACGACGAGAUCACCGCCAUUGUUGACGCUCCCGUUGUGAACUACAUUGGAGUGGGAACUGCAUCCGGAAAGGUGCACGUCUACAACCUCAAGCUGGGUGAGCGACUCAUGGCCUUUCACACCGGCUCGCGGGUCAACUGCUUGUCGUUCCGGUCGGACUCCUUUGCCCAUCUGGGUGUCGGAACCGCCUCCGGAGAUGCUUUCUUCUUUGACCUCAAUUCCCAGAAACGUCUCCACGUGCUGAGAGAGACUCACGAGGAGAGUGAGGGAGGAAUCACAUCGCUGGUCUUCCUGCCCGGAAUGCCAGCUUUCCUCACAUGCGGUGGAGAUAACUCUCUGCGAGAAUGGGUGUUUGAUCCAGUCAUGUCGGAGUCCAACAAAACAGUCAUUGCACCUCCGCGAGCCCUCAGACACCGAGCUGGUCACAGUGCGCCCCCCACAUCGAUCAAGUUUGUUGACGAAGAGGCCCAUUUUCUGGUCUCAGCCUCCGGAGACGCGUCCAUGUGGCGCUUCUCGCUCCGAAAGGAUGCUCAGAACCAGGAAUUCUCACAGGUGUCCAAGCUCACGGAGGAGCAGAAGAACAACCCUUUCGCCAGCAAAACUCGAGCUGCCGGACCCUCUAAAAAGAUGCGUGUCAAACUUCCUCCUGUCACUUCUCUAGCCCAGACUUCGCUUAGACAGCAGGAAUGGGACUCGAUUCUGACAACUCACAAGGGCGAGAACUGGGCACAGACUUGGGACGGACACCGAGGACGAGUUGGAGCUCACAGAUUGCCCACUUCAGAUGGUGGCAUCGCACAGACUGUGACUGUGACUCAGUGUGGUAACUUUGGUGUGGUUGGAUCUGCUACUGGAUCCGUUGACAUUUUUAACCUGCAGUCAGGCAUCCUGCGACGCAAGCUACAGGGUACCCCCAAGAAGAAGGCCAUCACAGGCAUCGUGGUUGAUUCGCUGAACCGAGAAGUCAUCACGACUUCUCUGGACCGAAAGGUGCGAUUCAACGACUUCCACACUGGUAAGCUGCUCGAGACUGUGACCCUCGCUGCUCCUAUCACCAAGCUGGUUCUGCAUGACUCGUCAGAUCUCAUUGCUUGUGCUCUGGACGACUUCUCCGUCGUGGUCAUCGACACCAUCACCAAGCGAGUGGUUCGAGUUCUGGAGGGCCGACACGCCAACCAAAUCACCGACAUUUGUUUUUCUCCCGAUGCAAAGUGGGUUAUUUCAGCAUCUCUCGACUCGACCAUCUGCACCUGGGAUCUGCUGACUGGAGCCUGUAUCGAUGUUAUUCGACUCGACACUGUAGCUACAAACGUCGAGAUGAGCAGAAACGGCGACUGGCUAGCCACAGCUCACGUGACCGGAAACGGUGUGUGUUUGUGGUCCAACCGGGGCCAGUUUGUAGACAUUUCGUCUGCUCCUGCUCCCGAGAUUGAGUCUUCUGAGGUUGCCCAGAUUGAUGCCGUCGGCUCUCUGGCUCAAUCCUCGGUUGUGGAUGGUGCCUUUGAGGAGACCGAGACAGAGGAUCAGAGUCUGGCUGCUUCGAUUGCCCAGAUCGAGGAGUCUCUGCUGACCCUGUCUCUUGCUCCCUCCUCCAAGAUGAACACUCUUGUGCAUUUGGACACCAUCAAGAUGCGAAACAAGCCCAAGGAGGCCCCCAAGGCUCCUGAGCAGGCUCCUUUCUUCCUACAGCUUACCGGUGCCGACAAGAAGCCCGAGGAGGCUACUUCAUGCCCCGAUGGACUUGUCCCCUCUAAUUUCGAUGCUAUUGGAGAAUCUGCAUUUUCUCGUCUUCUCCGAGAGGCUGCUCAGUCCGGCGAGUACCAUGAGUUCAUUGACCAUCUGGCGGGUAUGUCUCCUGCCCAGACCGAUCUCGAGAUCCGAUCUCUCAACUCCUGGGCUCCAUACACCGAGCUGAUUGCGUUUGUGGACGCCAUGGCAGCUGUUCUAGAGAAGCGAACCAACUACGAGUUGGGCCAGGCAUGGAUGAACAUGUUCUUGCGCUGCCAUGGAGACGUUAUCAUGUCUGCUCUCAACCCUAAGAUUGUUGAGGACGAAGAGGAGGACGAGGUUCAGCAGCAGCCCUGUGAGCCUCUGAAGGGGUCGUUGACCAGAUGGAAGGAGCUCAACCAGCACGAGUCCAACAGAAUGGAGGAUAUUGUCAAGUACUGCCAGGGAGUCAUCAACUAUCUGCGAGUUGGAUACUAA